GUAGAAUGGCCCUUAACCUGUAGUUUGGCAACUCUGCAAGAGAUCACAUGGCACAAUUUGCUAUUUCUCGUACAUUGAUAUACACUGAUUAACUGAUUGUUACAAAAUGGCAGGCGAUAAAAUUGUUGAUUGUUCGCAAAACGGUAACAGUGAACGAAUAAAUGAGAAUGGCGAUUUAAAUCUCAAUCUGAGUUUAGAAGACGAAUUCGUCGAAUCAAUAGAAUUUAUCCCUUGUCCUGAAUUUCAAUUUUCAACAACAGCAUGUAACAUUUGUAAUGGAUAUUAUGGACCAUGUUUUGAGGAACCAGUCUGUGCAACCUGUCAUGCAUUCUUAUUUCCAAACGAUGUUGGUCUGCUGCAAGUCCCAAUAUUUAGCGAGAAAACAGAUGAUGAAGAUUCAGGAAAUGAUGAACCAACUGAUCUUUAUUAUAAUCAUGAAAGAAGGACUAGUCAACAACAGCAAAAUUCUCCACAGAGUGUCAAUCCUAACAUUUCAAACGCACAGCAAAACGCACAACAGAAUGCACCUAAUCACAACCCAAGUGUUUCCCGCAGAUCUUAUGCUCAGUAUCAAAAUAUAGCGCCUUCGUGCAACUAUACAUAUCACGCAUUGCAAAACAAUUCGAAUAGUGUUUCUGCUGACAAGUGUAUGACAUUUGAACGAAACGCAUCGAUUGAACCUCGCGAUAUGAAUCUUGAUCUGCAAAAUAUGAUCUGUCGAACAAGAAGCUGUCAUCAAAAUUGCAGCAAUAGAAAUAACUCGAAUGCGCAAGCUCAUUACGCGCAAGAUAUGAUGGAAGAGAAUCUACGGGGAACACUGGAGAUGCCAAGACAUGAUGGCCAAAAUAAUGAACAUGUAGCCAAUGCUGAACAAUAUCACUGUAACUACAGGAUGCAUGAUGAUGUCGGUGAAUCAUCGCAGUCCUACAAUCUGUCGGAGAGACUGGAAAUACUGUCCAAUCAUAAGCACAUUGAGCACGAACCCAUCAACGAACCCGGUCUUGUAGAGAGAUUACCACCUGAAGUUUUGCUUGCCAUUUUUUCGCAUCUUGACGACAUCAGCCUGUGGUCAGCAGCAAACGUUUGUCGACGGUGGUGCGGCUUGCUAUCAACACACGUGACGCAGUCGCAAUGGAAGCAACAUGUGAAGCUACGCUGGCCCCUUUACAAGCCCAUUGGCUGCGUUAAGAAUUGGUAUAAGGUGUAUGAUUAUCUAGCUUCCUCGGCGCCAUGUCGCACUUGCUUGGCACAGACCUCUCUGCGAUCAAGACCACCAAGGAUGGAAGAGAACUCUUGGCGAAGGAACAGAUUGCGUAGCGAACUGAAAAGUUUAAGAAUUGACCCACCUGAGGGGAUUGAAGCAAUGCCACUUGAUCAUAUGAGCUGUCAUUGGCAGGCUACUAUCACAGGACCAGUGGGAAGUCCGUAUGAAGGGGGAUUGUUUUAUUUACAUAUACAAGUACCAUUCAGUUAUCCCAUGUGUCCACCUGUGGUUAGAUUUUUAACAAAAAUACUUCACCCGAACGUGUCUAGACAUGGGGAUGUCGGUAUAGAUUCUAUACAUCAUAAUUGGUCAUUGGCUCUUACAAUAUCUAAAGUUCUCAUUAGUGUACAAAGUCUUCUUACAGAUCCAUAUUGUCAAGUCUGCAUGGAACCAGAACUAGGAGAAAUGUAUAUGAAUGAUCGCGAAAAGUUUGAAGAAGUGGCUAGAGCAUGGACAUGGAGAUAUGCGAUGCACGAUGUUGUGACGCCGCUUUAGUACAUCAAAA